AUGUCUUACAACGAUAACGACAGCUACGGCUCAUCUGACCGCCGAGGAGACAAUGACUCCUACGGAGGUAGCAACAACGAUUCUUACGGAAGUGGGAACAAGGACUCUUACGGAAGCAACACCGGCUCAGGUGGCAUUGGUGGUAAUGAUUCCUUUGGGUCCAGCGGGCGCCGCGGAGACGAUGACAACAGCUUCGGCUCCGGCAAACGGGGUGAAAGUGAUUCCUUUGGUUCUUCAGGAGGUGGCCUCGGCGGCGACUCUCUGUCCGGAGGCAACCGCCGUGGCAAUGACGAUAGCUUUGGCUCUGGUGGGCGAGACAACAGUGAUUCUUUUGGCUCAACUGGCAGAGACAACGACAACGCUUAUGGCUCUUCUCGUCAGGACAACGAUAAAUCGUAUGGUGGCGGAUCCGACAGCUACGGCUCGUCUCGUGAUAAGGAUUCGCUUGGCUCUGGCCGAGACAACAAUGACAGCUAUGGAUCUGGUAACAACGAUUCGUACGGCAGCUCCAAACGCGAUGACGACUCCUACGGAAGCAAGAAAGGUGGUGACUCGACAAUUGGUAAGGUCCUUGAGAAGGCCGGCGAUGUUUUCAACAACGACAAGCUCGGCGACAAGGGACGCUCCAAGAGAGAGGGUGCUGGCUAUGGUGACAAUGACUAUUAA